AUGCAGCUUCUAUCCGUUAUCUUUCUUCCUGUUCUUCUGUUUGCCAGCCGGGCUACCGCCGCAACAUGGUACUUCCUGCGCUACAACACCCCUUCAGGAGCCAGGUUCACUGCCUUCAGUGGACAAAUGGUCAUCCCAGCUCUACCCAAAGCGGCAGUCUACUACCUUUGGCCGGGCCUCCAGCCGACCGACAACAGCGGAGUGUAUCAGAACGUGCUUGACGGACGGAGCGGCACCUGGUGGUUUGGAUCAGGAUGGUGUUGUUCUAACCCUUCGCUGCCGUGGGGCGGCGGGUUCAACACGUAUGUGGGGGAGACGAACAGCUUCUCGAAUGUGUUGAACAGUGACGGGGGCGGAUGGACUACGAUAACGACAAGGGGAACUAACGGCUCGCCCGUGUCCAAUACCUUUCCUCUUGCGGGCAAAUCUUUCAACCAGGCCAUCUUCGCCAUUGAACUGUAUGAUGUGCCGUGGAACUUCGGGGCCUUGACAUUCAAGAACGUCAAAAUUGUUGCGACUGGAAGCACGAACUCGGCAUGGUGCACAGGAAAGCCAGAAAACUAUAACGCGGCUACAAGAUACGCCAUUUCUGGUGCGAGGGCAUCGGUCAGCGGUACGACCGUCACAUGCACCAUUGACUCGAUGGUUUUGCAAGGACCUGCAUAG